AUGGAGUCGCAGCAGUCGCUGCCGCCACCUGCAGCUGUCAUCGAUUUCACGUUGGGUGACGACAGUGAUGAUUCGGACUUCUACGCAGUGUGGGAUCCGACGUCUCCAUCCACUGAUCCGACCGACACGAUGGAAGUUCUUGAAGUCGUAGACUUAACAGACUUAACGUCGGAGGACACAGAGCCGGAGGUCUUGCCAUUUUACGGCCCGCUUCUCCCACCCCAGGGUGACGGAGACGCUGCCGGCGGGCCGUCGCGGCCAGACGUCGGUGACGUCGAUGCCGAAACAGAGUCCAGUUUUGCAUAUGCCACAUCGGACUCGCAAGGAGCUCCUUCCCCUCCCUCGUGCUCAACAUGUUUGACGGAGAAUCCCGAGGUAGGAGUCGUGGGCGUGGAGGAGGAUGCGAAGUCGCGUGGAUUGCUCAUUGCCGCACCUCAUAUCGAGAGGUUCUUUGCGAAAAUCAUGGAGCGAAAAACCCACGAGGUGAGAAACUUCUACUGUAGAGUUGUUGGCAAGAAUGAGCAAAUCUACUUGGUACAGAGCGGCUUGAAAGACGCGAACGGGAAGGGUGUGUUCUGUGUGCGCGGCAAGGCCGAAUUCCGCGGCAACACCUUUGUGCCGCACGAGGAGUUCAGCAAGCACUACGCAAAACACAGGUGCAGCGCGGCCGAGUACUCGUCAGUGCGUUCCUCCUGGGUUGACAAAGGCGGAUGCGUCCUUUGGGAGUUCAAGCUUCUGGAUGUUUUCGACCAGCCUCUUUACUUCAGGCCCAAGCAGGGGGAGGAGAUUUGGACUCUUUUCGACAUGAGCAAGGCUUCAACGGACCCUGGACUAUCAUGCCCAGUGCCAGUGCGGCAGUUGGAAAUGGAGACGGCUCCCGCCGCAUCUGCCAGCUCGCUUGUACUUGUUGAGACCCGUCCGAAUCCAACCGAUAUCCGGAAGGCAUUUGAUGAGCAUUGCCCAAGAAAGGCAACGCGUGCUAACGUACAACGCGAGUCCCACUACCCGUGCGACCCAAGCCAUGAUUUGCUUUAUGGCGAUGAUGAUGGUGAUUCACUGGCUUCUGCAUUGUCGGAUAUCAUUGCUGAAGAAUACGGGAGUGGCCCUUUCAAAGUCGAGCGCGCAACCCAGCCGAGUGCCGCCCUGUCAGCAGACGCUGCUGCUGCCUUGGAAUCACAUCGAGUGAAGACAAGCCUUGGUCGUGACCGUCCUGAGGACAGAGCUCCAGCAGCUGAACCAGCGACAAUUCCGACGACGACAACGUCGCUCAUGUCAGAAGCUGUGAACUCUGUGAACAUGCAAGCCAGUGAUGUGGAUGUGUCAGCGGGUGCUGGUGACCGUGUUCGUGGCGACGAUCAUGAUGAUGCACUUGAUGCGACGAUGCUCCUUAGCACACAAGCGGAACGUGCGACCCUCCCAACAUUGCCGCAAGAUGAUGCGUCUCAGUCUUCGGAGACAAUGAAUCUGAGAGCGUCGGUGCCAGCAGGACCUCCACAAGAAGUUCAAAGGGAUGCUGAAAUGCCAGCACCGCAAUGUCAUGAGCCAUCAGACGUUGGUGUUGAUGAAACGCUCCUGCAGAAGGACGUUGAGAUGCCAGAAGCAUCAACACAAAACACAUUCAAUGUGGCUCAGACGCUGAGCAUGCAUUCCGGCCCGCGGGGGGAGAUUCCAAUGCCAGCAGGACCCCCGACGAGAGAAGUGGAAAACGCAGAGCCAACAUUACUGCAAUCCGAACCAGGCGAGCAGAUUCCAGCAGUGCCAGCAGUACCGCCACAAGAAACGCAAAAUGAUGUUGAUAUGCUAGCAGCAGCGGCAACGAUGUGGCGGGAGGAACCAGCAGAUGUUGGCCACAUUCCAAGGUCAGUAGGGCCCCACUCAGAAGUACACAAGGAUGUUGAGUUCACGCGGCCCAACCCGCACGGAUCCACACCUGACCCAGUCAGAACUGCACCAGCACCAUCGGCGGCCACUGUGGCCACGUCAUUGAUGCCAGAGGCUGUCCCGCAGAGGGUUACAAACUGCCCGACACCGGCCAGGAUGAGGAUGCAACCUUCACCCUCAACCUCAGCCACGGUUGUGACGAAUCUGAAGGAGUACUUCGAUUUCUUUCCGAAUGCAGUUGAUGCGGUAGUGGCAGAUGGGACAAUCAGUCCCGAGCUGUUGGGGGAGCAGCUUGACAGGUUGUCCAUCAGCACGGCAUACUCCGGGAUCGGUGGGCCCGAGGCUGCAUUGUUCACAUUGAGGCAUUGCUUUGCUCGGCAGGGACACGGUGUUCGCCUGCAAUCAAAGGGCCCGCAUAUCAUUUUUCAAAUGGAGAUCGACGCAACGUGCCGGGGCGAACUGCUGAAGUACGAGUCUCUGGGCGGUCACAGCGGUCAGGAGUGUUGCCUCUUUGGCGACCUCGAGCAGUUCUUCCGUCAUGAGUUGGAAGACGUGGUCGAGCAGCUUCGUGAAAGGCCGGAGCUUGCGCUGGAGGUUCUCUCGAAAGCUGUGGCGGACUGUGAUGCGGCGGGAUGCAAGCAAAUGGGUGUCCGUGACGCAACCGUGUUGCCCUUCCUGGUGUGGAUCUGCCACAGACUGCUCUUGCAGGAACCGGUAAUCAUUCAUGAAAACAGCCCGAGGUUUCCAAGGACGCUCCUAGAAAGGUUUCUCGGUCAUCUUUACGUGAUCGACGAGUGCAUCAUUGAAAGCUCCGAUUACGGCUCACCAGCACGCAGGGAACGCAAACUGACGCGGAUGUACCACCGAGUGAAGGUGAACCUGCCAGAUGUGCCUUUCGCAUCCUUCAACAAGACAUUCCACCGAUCAUGCACGAUGACUUGGCGUGAGUUCUACUGGCAGCACCUUGUGACGGACGAUGAGAAGUGCAAGGCUGAAAUGGUGGAGGACCUUUUGUGGGCAAGCAGCCGGCCCACGGUCCGUGCCGCAGCAGCGUCAGAAGGAUGUGAGCACGAACGGGCUUUGAACCCCUCCGAGACGAAGUCGCUCAAGGCGUACCGCGCCAAGUCACCCACCAUGGCGUACUCAUUGUCACAGAAUGGUGCCACUAGCUUCGGUAUGACGAGCACUGAGCACCAUCUGCAGACGAUGAUACGUCAUAGCGGGCUGACUUGGUGCGACGGACCCUUGGCGACGGGGACAGGAACGGAAGUCCUCGUGACACAGGCAUGGCCCGUGCAUCCCAUCUUGAAUGCGGGCAUGCUCGUCACACCGUUCCACGCGGACGUGGACAGCUCGGGUCGCACGUCGCGCGGCCUCCGAGCACAAGCGGGCAAUUCCAUGAACCUGUUCAUGCUUGCAGUGCAGCUUCUGCACACACUCUGUCACGUCCAGGUGAUGACCAUGAUGACUCCAAUGACCUCCGUGAUCGCCACAGGGUGCAGCCAGGUCAAGAUCAAGUCCGUCCGGCUCCGGUUACAAAGCGGCUUCGGCGAAAAGGCCCUGCGCCCUAGGGCCGUGGCCGUGGCCCGGGGCCCACGCUCGGCUAGGCCCUUGGAGAUUGAACGACUGAGUCUGACUCAGUCAUGA